AUGUCAUUCAUCUAUCUAUCUAUCUAUCUAUCUAUCUAUCUAUCUAUCUAUCUAUCUAUGUUAAUGUUCUAUCUGUCUUUCCGUUUGCACAUUUUAGUUCUUUCUUUUUCUUUCUUUUUUCUCUGUAGUUCUCUUUGUUUAUUAUCUGUCUAUGCUCUCUAUCUAUCUAUCUAUCUAUCUAUCUAUCUAUCUAUCUAUCUAUCUAUCUACCAGAACAAUGGAACUCAGCGUUCUGUAGCAUACGGAAUAAAAGUAAUUAUGCACGUGUUUCAUAUCUAUCUAGUUACAUCAGUCUCUUCAUUAUCUAUCUAUCUUCAGCCUCAUCAUUAUCUAUCUAUCUAUCUAUCUAUCUAUCUAUCUAUCAAUUUUCAGUCUCAUUAUUAUCUAUCUAUCUAUCUAUCUAUCUAUCUAUCUAUCUAUCUAUCUAUUCUGAACAUGAUUUUUACAUUUACUUUUCAUUCGUCUGAUAAAAAAAAAAAAUUGGUAUCGGAAUCUAUCUAUCUAUCUAUCUAUCUAUCUAUCUAUCUAUCUAUCUAUCUAUCUAUCUAUUUGCUCAUCUCUCUCUCUCUGCCUCUUUCUCUUCACAUCUAUCUAUCUAUCUAUCUAUCUAUUGUUUAA